UCCAAAAUUAUAAAUCAGGACCAUGUCAUCCGAAGAGACUUUGCCUAAAACUAAAUCAUCGACUGAUAAUGAAAUUAAAGAAGUAAAUGAAGAGGAGUGUUGCCUAGCUCCAAAUGUCCACUCCCAUCAUCCAUCAGCCCAUAAGCCCGAAUUAAAAAUCACGACUAGCAAUCAGGAAGCCCCCGAAGAUGCUAAAUCAAAGGAGAGACUAAGCAAGGCUGGUACCUCGGAUAAGCGUGACUCUAAGUCAUCCAAGGAUUCCAAAGAUGUAAAGAAUUGUGCGAAGGAAAUCAAAGAGCCUGUCAAGCAUGAUUCAAAAGAACCCGUCAAGGUUGAUGCCAAACAACCUACCAAAACGGAUACCAAGGAACCAGUCAAGAUUGCUGUAAAAGAACCUGCCAAAACUGAAGCUAAAGAACCUGCCUCUAAUGUCAAAGAAUCCGUUAAAAUAUCUGCAAAAGAACCUUCCACCAAAACUGAUGCCAAAGAUUCCCCCAAGGUCGCUAGUAAGGAACCGGCUAAGACUGAUAUCAAAGAGCCCGCUAAGGUUGCUGCCAAAGAACCUGCCAAGGCUGACAUCAAAGAACCCGUCAAGAUUAUUACUAAAGAGCCUGCAGCCAAGGUUUGUACAAAAGAGCCCACCGCAAAGAUUGCUACUAAAGAACCUCCGACCGGAACCGUUGACAGUAGUAGACCCAAAGCUCCGUCACCCAAAGAUGAAAGCAAGAUGCCAGCCUCGAAUGCUAAAAGACAAGAUGAUAAGAAGAAAAUGGAUAAGAAGCAGGAAUUAGAGACCAAGCUAGAUCAUAUUAACCAAGAAAUUGCUCAAAAGAAUACUUAUAGCGAUGUACCAGAUUUGGCUGCUAAGUUGGAAAAAUUUAAGCAAAAGUUUAUGAUAUAUGAUGUGGACAUGACAGGCCAUUUAAAUUUAAACAAUGUCAAAAUUAUGAUGGAAAAAUUGGGACAGGCCAAGACCCACUUAGAACUCAAAAAAAUGAUAGCCGAAGUGGACACCACCAAAUCUGGGGUAAUAACGUAUAUGGAUUUUAUCUCCAUGAUACUUGGCAAGCAAAGCUCUGUGUUGAAAAAGAUUUUGAUGUAUGAAGAUCUCGCCAAAGGGGCUGAUAAGCCUAAAGGCAAGGAUGUACCAAUCAAAAAGUCUUUGGAAGAUUUUGGAGUCCGAAAACCAUGA